UGAGGCACAGAGAGGAUCAGUAGGUUAGUGCCCACAGGAUUAACACCAGGGACAGUUGCUAUGGGGGAAGAGAAAAGGGAAGUCGACCGGGAUAGAGGGGAAACACUUGCCCAAUAGUGAGGGGGUAGAAGAGAGAGUGAGAAGUCGGAGGGUAGAUCUACUUGGAGCGAGGACGGACUGCUUGCUUUGUGAAAUCGGGUUGUGGACAUCAACCACCACGGCUACCAUGUACAGUGGAUAUGGAGGGAGCCCAUCCCGAACCCUCUCCACCAUGUCGCUGUCUGUUCGCCCAGCCAGGCGCCUCACCUCCAGAUCCAUCACUAGGAGCCAGAGCUUCACUGGAGUCAACACUCACGACAAGACCUACAGGAACCUCUCUGUGUUCAGCGCUCCAGGUCUCAGCAGGAAGCCCAGCAGAGCCAGUAGAAUGUUCACCUUGUCCGCCAAGUCCAACCCACCACCUAAGGUCCCUCAACCGGAGCGACUGGAUCAGAUCUAUGAGGCCCUGAAGAAAGGCCUUCAGUCCUACCUGCAGGUUCAUCAGAUGGAGUUGGACAGCCUCAGCAGACAGAUGAGAGAAUCAAAGAGGAACUCAAGACUGGGUUUCCUUUAUGAGCUGGACAAGCAAGUGAAGGUGACUGAGCGCUACAUAAGACGACUGGAGUUUCACCUCAGCAAGAUUGAGGAGCUCUAUGAAGCCUACUGCCUGCAGAGGAGACUCCGGGACGGAGCCAACAAGAUGGUGAAGGCUUACAAUGCCUCUCAAAUCAGCAAGGAGGCCAGAGAAAGUUUAGCAGAAGCCAAUAAAGGAUACAAAGAGUACACAGAGAACAUGUGUUUGUUGGAGAGCGAGUUGGAGAACCAGCUGGGGGAGUUCCACAUCAGAAUGAAAGGUCUGGCUGGAUUUGCUCGAUUGUGUGCUGGUGAUCAGUAUGAGAUCUUUAUGAAGUUUGGCAGGCAGCGGUGGAAGCUCCGAGGAAGAAUAGAGAUCAACGGCAAGCAGGUGUGGGACAGCGAAGAGAUGGUGUUCGUGCCGCUUGUCAGUGAGUUCCUCUCUGUGAAGGUGACGGAGCUGAAGGGCUUAGCCAAUCACGUGGUGGUAGGGAGUGUUUCCUGCGAGACCAAAGACCUGUUUGCUGCACUCCCCCAGACGGUUGCCGUGGAUAUUAAUGACCUUGGGACUAUUAAACUAAGCCUUGAAGUUACCUGGAAUCCAUUUGAUAAAGAUGACCUGGGAUCAGUGGCAAGUUCUGUCAACAAAGUUCCAACCGUCAGUAAGAGAAUCUCAACCAUCUUCAACCAGAGUCCUCCUGACACACCAUCCUUACGAGAACAGGCCUUCUACAACAUGCUCCGGCGUCAUGAAGAGUUUGAGAAUGGAACAGCGUGGUCUAAUUCAUCAGAAUCCUCUGACGACUCCUCCAGUCCUCGGCUCUCUGUGGUAGGGCUACGCAGCUCUGCCCAGCACAAGUCCGUGGUGGUGACCCCAGACAUCCAGCCAGCUGUGACCGAGAGUUGCUCCUCUCAGCCUGACAUCUCCUUCUGGCACAGAGACUCCUACUCCUCAACUCCAAACUCCAUGCACAGAGUCGGCCCGCUCAGGGAGGCUGCCAACGCAUCGGGAGAACGAACACACAGGGAAGAGGAAAAGGGGCCAGUCCCUGCGGUGACAGGACCUGAUAGUGACGAACAGGACGCGUGGAAGCUAUCUUCCACAGCAGAGGAGGGGGCGGUGCCCAACAACCGCAGCUACUCGCGGUCUCUGAGUCAUAUCAGUGAAAACAGCGCUGACGGCGUCAUGCUGACGGACAGGUCGGCCGAAUCCGGAGAGGUGAUAUCUUUGACGUCAGGGCUCUCUGUGAAUGACAUAGAAAUGGAGCUGCCGAGCAGAACUCCAGAGCCCCCCUGCUGUGCUGCCUCAGAUGCUGACACGUCGCCAACCCGGCUUGGCAUCUUCAAAGAGAGCCCAACGCCUGACGACGUUACAGAUCAACGCAGGAAGCAGAGUGACCCAUCCUGCUCUGUCCCAUCAUACUCCAACUCUGCAUCACAAAUGUUCACACAUUCACCGCCAGAGUGCACCACGCGGCCAGAGAGCGCUGACCUGACGUAUGUAGCCCGCCUGGUGUCGGUGGAGGAGGAGAAGUCGGGUGCAGGAGCAGAUUGUCUGUCCGAGGAGGGGGACGGUCCAGUGGACAGUGGGCUGGAAGACGCCCUGGUAGCUGUGAUUUCCUCCUUAGAUGAUUACAGAGGACAAUUCCCCGAGUUACAACUACUGGAGCAAGAGCUGAGGCUGCUGCAGGUCACACUGAAGGGUGGUAGGCACAGCCGGGCGCCCAGCAUGGUCAGCCUCACCGUGGAAACGGCUCUGGGCAGCUUCGACUUCCUCAACACGUCUGACUGGGAGGAGGAAGAGGAGAAGGGCAACAAGAAGAGUAAAAGGGGCAGGUCUCUGCAGGACAGAGGCUGGGACAGCCCCCCCUCCCCUCUCACCACAGGCUGCACCACCUUAGACUGCUGCCUGGUGGUGCACCUGAAGAACUGCAGCACCCAGCUGUUGUGUCUGGGUAUGUUUGGUCCGCUGCGCUGCGGCGAGAUGUACGCCUUGGACAGACUGCUGAGAGAGGCUCGAGUGUUGGAAGUUAUUCGACGCAUAGCCAAGGACGACCCAAAGCGCCUCCGCGUGUCCGAAGUGAUACCCCAGCUGGGACUGUGCCUUGGUUCUUUGUCGCUAUGGCAACAGUGUGUGGGUCAGGGCAGCGUAUACAGCGUGUCGGCUGAGAGCUUCCUGGUCGCACUGUCUACGAUCUACUCUGGGAUUCUGCCCGAGAGGGCCAGCAACAUGGCCGACACAGUCUUCCUGACUCUGGUGGAGCGCGUGCUGGAUCAGAGGUUACCGCGGCGGGGCGGCAGCAGGGACAGCGUGUUGGUGACUCUGUUUCAGUGGUGGAGUUACUUGGAGGCCAACAACAUUAUAGAAAUGGAGAGGCUCAUCACAGAGCUGGCAGAAGAAGUGUGGCUGGUGCAAAACCUGGCCUCGUGCGACCAGGAUGUGAUCGUGCACGCUCUGCGCCGCUCCGCAGAGUGCAGCCUGCAGAAAGAGGGGCUUCACGCUGUGGCUAAACUACUGAAAGACCCUCGAGGUAAAGUGUCAGCGUCUGCCAGCUCUGUGCUGAGGAGCCUGGCUGCACAGCCUCGACCCAGAGAGCAGGCUCUGGUCAGCUGUUUGGAGCUGCUGGAAGAUGAGGACGUGGACACCAGAGUGUGCGGAUGCAAGGCCUUGGCUUGUCUCAAGGCCAAAGAGAGUAUUGACCAGUUGGUGUAUCUCUGCCGGACGGACAAGGAUGAAGUCCGAGAAGCUGCCAAACAGGCGCUGCUAGUGCUCGGCGAGGAAGGGAAGAUGGCCUACAGACACGUGGAAACGUCUCAGGACAGCAUACCGAGACUCUUCGCUCCAGGAAGCAUGGCCAGCACUGCUUUCUAACCCUGUCCACUGUACACACAAACCCAACCACAUAUACAGUAUAUACACACUGUUUUAUACAGGGCAAGUCAGUAAGCUACAAACACACCAAGGUGUGAUAACUAACUACUAAGAAUUUCUAAUGUGAGCAGGCAGGAAGGAGGAAGGCUUGAGUAAAAAGAUAAUGUGGAUUCUUCAUGUCCCACACACAAAUCCAAAUAUGUUUACAAAAGUUUUAAGCUCUUUGAACUUACUUUGUUAAAUGGUUGCCAAUGUCAUGGCCUACUAAGUUCCCAGAAUGUUGCGUUGCUUGUACUUGUUUCCUUCCGCUUUCCUCAGUAACCCAGUAGGCAUACGUAGAGUAAAUAUUCCAAAGUAAAAAGCUAAUCUACUUCUACUGUCCUGCCUUUACUAAAGCCACUGCUCGCACAUUUCAUCUUAUGCCAGAUAGCUGUGGUGGCAUCAUGCUGUAGUCUGGACUACUUAAGACUAGUCCGUGCCCGUGGGCUUUUAGUGACCGAGUCACGGUCAAUUCCAAAUGAAGUCAAUGUGACCAAAAGAGGAACACAGUGCCCACUCAAAGUCCUUUACACUGUAUUUUAUUUUUUUAUCUGUUUUGUUUGCCAACCUUGAUUAAUGCUAUAAACAGUGCUGACCUGCAACACUGUGCAAUACAGUCUGGAAAGGAUGAGCUGAAACUGGAGAGGAGGUUACUACGGUAACCAUUUCACUGCAGCUAAACACACCGUGAUGGAUUCACUUUAAUAGGAGCAAAAAUUGCUUUGUUCUCAAAAUAUAGAUAUUCUGAACUGAUACACAUCAGUUCCUCUUUCAUUGCAGGAACCGCCGUCACAUUAUUGGGUUUGUGAACUUAUUCAGAUCCCUACUGAAGCGUCACAGAGGUAUUAAUAAAAAAAUGAUAUACGUCCGCCAACCAGUCAAGUUGCAGUUUACAUCCAUAACUGUCCAAAAUGUCAUCACAUUAUGUGGGACCCAUUAUAUAUUUAAAUCAGGAGAGACCAAUGAAGAGAGAUGACUGUUUAUUAUUAACAGAUAUGUGAUGAGUCUUUGACGCGCAGACUAAUAGGACAUUUGUAAUCAGUGGACAUCCUCCCUGAGCGGCAGCAAUGUAGAUUUGUGUGACAUUUGAGGACUUUACCUCCAGGCUUUACUAAGCUAUCCUGUCCACAAAAAUUGGGAUAGACAGACCAAAGGUUUAGAGACAACCAGAAACAGUGUAGUACGUUAUCUGGAUGUCUCAGCAAUGUUCCACAUCAGGGAACCAGUGGAGCAUCCCGGCCUCUCCAUCAUCGCUCAAACUCAAACAGAGAUGACUUCAAACUCUCCAAUGCCUUCGUGGUGUCGUGGCUUACAAUCACACCCCCAAACUCCCUGGUGUCAGGUGUGGACACACAAAGUUGUGAAAAUGAAUAUAAAAAUACAUCUUGACGAUUGUGUAUUUUGGGAGCGUAAACUAGCACCUGUAAUCACAGCAGGCUUUGAAUCCUUGACUGAGACCUCCGGUGUCCUGUAGGUCGUAGCACUGUGUUGUCGGAGGGAUUAGGAAUGCAUUUGUUAAUGUGAUGGAAUAUAACGUUCUUUUACAUUUGGAUGUGUUGUGUCGCUCCGGAUGACUUGUUGAUGCUCCAGGUUCAGCAGUCCAAGCACUUCUGCUUCCAGCUCAUUAACAUCCGACGCAGGGGAUACAAGUUGAAUGUUUUGACAGGCUCACAGGCCUUCAUGUGGAACAGUGAUUCUAUAGUGGCAACAGAUGAAUAACAAAGACAACGCAUAGCUCACAGAGACUGUAAGGAAGGUGUGGAGCUGCUUGUGCACAGAGAAUGGUUCAGCGGUUCAGUGCCAUUACUGCUUAUAAUAAUGACAUAUCUUAUUUUUAUGGAAAUACAUAUAUGACGGUAUGCCACUCGAUAUAUCUGUUUAAAUCCUAUAUUUGUAUACUUUAUUUUAUUGCAUAUGUUUUUACUCUUCUAAUGACAAUGUUUCUUUUCGGUCGUUCAGAUUGUAUGAUGUUCUGUUGAAUUUGUAUUUGCCUCUGUUGUGUUCGCAUUCGCAUCCUCCAUUUGAAUAGGAAUAAGCCUAAUAGAACUGAAUAGGAUUCCAAGCCAAUUGUCCACAGGCAUGGAAUCAUAUAUCACAAAUGGCCAGAGCUUUUGCAGUUUUAUGCCAUUCACUUUCAAAUUACAUACUAAAAUCUGCAAAUCUGCUCCUGACCAAUAUCCAAAGUAAGAACAUCGCAUUCACUGAGGAAAAACAUUAUGAAUUAUGUUUUCAUCACAAACCACAGAAUUACAAGAUUAGAAUUUCAUUAGUAUUUUCAUAUUGACUCAGUAUUUCAAUAACAGAAUGCAAUUUUGUCAUUUAUACUAUUACAAGAGCUAUAAUGAGAUGACAACCUCAUAACAUAAUAUCAACAUCAUUUUACUGAUACAGAAUUCUUUAAAAAAAUCGGAACCACAAAGCAAGAUUGGGAAACAACGAACAUGAAGCCAAGAACGUGGUUUUUAGUAAGUGAGUACAAAGGGUACAAAAAGUCUGGUUUCAUUCUUUAGAGAUGCAAUGGUUCCUAAAGGGUUUGCUCGUGGUAAAACCAAUCGAUUAAUCCCUGUUCAUUGUAAGCGUGUUUCAUUUGUUCCACAGUGAUGCUGCACUUUGCCAUUGUUUUUUCCUGUGUUUCAUUCUCUGUAUUAUGAUAUCAUGAAACAUUAUGUAUGGUUUAGUCGUUUGUCCACCACUUUCUGAUCCGGACUGAAAUAUCUGUACAUAUAACGAAUGGACAUUCAUGUUUCACUGGAGGAAUUGUAAUAACUGAUACUUGCUAUCGCCAUCAGCUCACAAUUUCAGUUCGUCCUGCAGAACGAUUGUUUUGCCCACCGUGUGCACAUUCCACAUAAUCAAUACAGUAGUUAGAAUUAGAGUAUGUAUAUAGUGGAGGCAGGAGUGCUCAGGAUCCUAAUAUACAAUGUGCCAACGGCUUUGACUGAGCAACGCGUUUUGGAGAAUCAGUAGCUGCUGUGCUUCUAAGGGUUUGGCCAUCUUCACAUCUUAGGGGCCAUGGACUCAAUAUUUAUUCUGAGUAAUGGUUCAAUUUACCUUUAAAAUUUUAGCAAUAUUAUUAUAUAGAACUGCCGUCAACUGAAGACAUUCUUAGUCGACUAAUACUCAUUUUGAUAUAGCUGACUAUUGAUUGGUUGAUUUGAAUCCUGUAUCUGUAAAACAAUCACAUAAAAGAUUCACUUUACAUCCUGUGUUUGAGGGGAAUUUCAUUUAAGCAAUUCGUUAUACAAAAAAUAGUGACUAAGAAUCGAGGCAAGACAUUAGUCAACUAAUUAGGAGGGGGAUGCCCUUCUUAUAUUUAUGUUAGGAAUACAAGUGGACUGAGAUUAUGAAUAUGAGGAUUAGGGCUGAAAAAUGUAUGAAAGAAAUUAGGCUUAUCUAUGAACUCUGGUUUUUAAUCUCUGUAUCCAGAGAUACAGAACAGAGGCAACAGGCUGCAGUGUCAUAGCAAUAAUAAUACAAGGAUGGUGUUACUAUUUCUAUAUGUAAAUGAUGGCUUCCAUAGUGUUUGAUUUAUUUACACAAAGGGUUUUCCAAGGCCAGCAACAAUCUGGAGCUAUACGUCUGCAUCUCAGUGUUUUAAGUGCCUCAAGGUUUUGAUAACAGGAAUGCAAAAAUAUAUCCAUGAUAUACUUUAUUUAAGAAUGGAGAAGUGAAAAAAAUCAAUGCAGCACUUUAUAUUUUACCCACAAAAGAAAUCAAUUGUGCAGGAUUGGAAGUGGAAUUUGUAUGUUAUAAAAGGCAUUUUGGAUUCAGUUCGGAUUCAAACUAUUAAAAUGUCUUUAGAAAUGUG